AUGACCUUCUCGUCCCAGGAGGAAUUAGCUUCCUGGCUAAGACGAGUGUACAACACUCAUAAUCCCUGGAGACGCUGCAUGAUUUGUCAGUGGAAGCCGGGCCGCGCUGACGAGCCGAUACCACGAGGAGCGAUCGAACCAGGUCGAAAAUCAGAUAUUUUCGACCAUUUCAAUAGGGAACACCCUCUCUGUAACAGCCCAGCCGCUGAAGAAGACAACACUCCUGCUCCUCAAGAAGAAGAGUCAAUGGACGCUGGAUUUGCUUCGGAUGUUGCGACUCUGGGCUAUGAAGAAUCAGAAGAUGAUUCACAUUCCCAAGCAGAGCCAAAUCAUGAACGCGCACAACUUGCAGCAAGCCGCCAAUCUCGCCCGAGCUAUUCCCCAAAGUCUCCAGCUUCCGCAACUCAGCGUCCAGCAAAUCCAACUCCUCCAGCAACAGCUCCUUCUUCAGCAAUUUGCCAACUCACAACAACAACAGUUCCGCCUUCUAUACUUCGCAAACAUGAGCUCCAAGCUGCAGGAAGACCUCGACAUGAUCCUGAAAAAAGUGCCCGACGAGUUCGUUUCCAAGAUGAAGCUCAAUCCUCGACUGCUAAGAAGCGGAAUGCUUCGACUGAUGAUCAGCGAGAAAACGAGCCAGCUCCAAGAGAAAUUGGGUGGACUGUGAGAAGACUCUUCACCUUCCCAUUCCCGCACCUUACGCUGACGACAAAAACCCUCACCGCGGCUACAUCUUCUAGAGUCGGAGCGCGCGCUGGAACUGCAAGAGGACCAGUCAAGGCGACAAAAUCUCCUGUUGAGAAAGUCCCCGAGGAAGAUGAAGAUGCUGGCCCUUCAAGUCGAGUCAAACUGACUUCUGAAGGAAAAAUCAUCGUCAAAGGAGUCAAAAAGUUCGACUUGAAGGAGCGAUGCAACGUCCUCGAGAUCGUCCUCGCAGAGAAGAUCACCUCAGCAAAGCAGACAGAGCAGCAUCUUAAAAUGCUCACAUAG